AACCGCCCCCCUCCUUUCAACUCGCUCGCUCGUUCGCCUUCCAUCUUUCUCCCUCUCUCGGCAGUCUGCAGCAGGCCAGCGCCGUCGCGCAUGCAGGAGGCGUCAUCGGCGGCGGCGGGGGCCGAGCCCGGCCGUCGGGCGGCGCAGCAUCAGUUCGCCGGCGUGGACCUCCGGCGGCCCAAGGGGUACGCGCCGCCGGCGCCGGCGGUGAGCGAGGGGGACCCGUGCCCGCGGUGUGCGUCGCGGGACACCAAGUUCUGCUACUACAACAACUACAACACCUCCCAGCCGCGCCACUUCUGCAAGGGCUGCCGCCGCUACUGGACCAAGGGCGGCACGCUGCGCAACGUCCCCGUCGGCGGCGGCACCCGCAAGAAGCCCUCCUUGUCGUCGUCGUCGUCGUCGUCCUACGCGGCCGCCGCGGACGCCGACAGGCAGCCCAAGAAGAAGCCCGCCAGCAAGAAGCGCCGCGUCGUGGCGCCGGCCCCGGAGCUCGCCGCCGCGGCCGACCCAGGCAAGACGGCACCCACCACGACGACGACGACGACGACGACGAGCGAGAUCACCACGGAGACUGGCGCGCUGGAGGACUCCGACUCCCUGGCGCACCUGCUGCUGCAGCCCGGGACAGAGGACGCGGAGGCCGUCGCGCUCGGGCUCGGCCUCUCCGACUUCCCCUCCGCCGGGAAGGCGGUGCUGGACGACGAGGACUCGUUCGUGUGGCCCGCCGCGUCGUUCGACAUGGGCGCGUGCUGGGCCGGCGCAGGGUUCGCCGACCCGGACCCCGCAUGCAUCUUCCUCAACCUCCCGUGACAGCCACAGACGGUCACGGCGCCGAGGCGUACGUCCUCCUGCUUUGCUCUGCUCUGCGCCUGAUGAUGAGUGCAAGGAAAUGGAGCGCUUUGAUUCUUCUGCUAUUGGUUGCAUCUGCUAAUUGAUUUAGCAGUGGUGGUAAGGUACACGCACGACGAGCUGACUGCGUGGUUCUUGGCUUGGGCCUUAGUAUAUGAUGAUGAUGAUGAUACUAGUUGUAUGUGUGACGUGAGAGACGAUCGCGACGACGACCUUGAAUUUUAGUUUCUGAGAUGAGAAAGGUCAACUAGUGGCCUCUGUAUGACUUUAGUUUUACUCAUGAACUCAUCAGAUGGCUGGCUAUGGCUGUGGCUGUGGCUAACUCAUCGUCAAGUGUUUCUACCGGCUGCCUAUAAACUAGACUGAGCUCUUGUUGGUCU